AUGCCGGAACUUGGAGAGAAGCUUCGCCUGAUGAAUGGCUCGUCUCAUCACAGCACGGAAAGCACCAGCAGCAGCAGUCGUCAGCAUCGCUCCUUUUCCUCCUCAUCCGCUAGACGGCACCGAAGAUCCUCGAGUCGAAGCAGCUCCAAAGCCUCUCACUUAACGGAAAUGGAAGAUAAGAUGGAGCGAAUGCAGCCUCCUUCUGAUUCGCCAUCGCCAUCACAGGAAUCGUCACCCAUCACCCGAAGGUCUUCUAGCAGACGAAGCGGUUCAUCCAACAGACGUAGCGGCUCAUCCAACAGACGAAGCGGUUCAUCCUCGCGUACUCAAAGCGGCUCAUCUCGAAAGCGCUCGGGUCGAAGUUCUACUAGACAAAGGGAUGGCAGCAAGAAAUCAGAUGAUGCUCUGAGUCUUCCGGCGGGUGUGGAUCCGAAUCUAUCCGAUGAGGAUUGUACUCCUGGCGCCCAUCGCGUGGGUAGCUUUGGUCAUGUCAGCACGUUAUCGCCCGCCUCAUUUGAACACAAUGAAAGCACGGAUGAUCAAAGCUUUUCCACGGCUAGCAGAAGUUCUGGAACGAGCAGUGUUGGUGCCGGAGCUACCAUUAGAUCCUCUACUACUAGUGGUACUACCCUUGCUCCAAGUACCUUGGAUUCCGUAUCGGAACACAAAACAAUGGUCCAAGCAGUUGUGGCUAAAGACUACGAAGAGGAACUGGAAGCCGCACGAGCGCAAGGACGACAGGAGGCGCUCCAGGACCUUACCAGCAGCCACACCAGGCAAACAGUAACCACAGGUGACCUUGCGGUGGCGGUGGCGGCUCCUGAUGAUGACGAGAAGAGCAUUGAUCCAGCCGAAGUGCAACGGAAAAAGAAGAAAAAGCGCCGGAAUAUGAUACUCUUGUUCUUGGUCAUCCUAGCUCUUGUGGUGACGGCCACCAUGUUACUUGUUGGGGGGGGAUCAGAUGCACCGGAUCAACUGGAGACUGCGGAAAAUUCCAACGCCAAGGUGGUGGUGGUUUACAAUCCUCCUACCCAGGAAGAAUGCCAAGCCAUUGCCAACGGUACUUUUUUGGGCGAUCAGCAAUCCUUGAUCCAAAGGUCCUUUGACAUUCGCAUCGACAUGACCUUGGCCAAUGAAUAUGACUUUGGUGCCCUUUAUAGCGCCAUGAUGAACCAUAUCCAAGAGAAAUUGAUACCCAUCAUGGCAGGGUGUGGAGCAAUUGACUUUUUCGAUACCACCAUGGCCAUUUCGGACGAACUCAAGAAUACCACAAACUCGAUUGUCAAUGGACAGGUUUCGAAACAAUCCGAGGAGGAAUGUGUACAAGGCAGCGAAAACUGCAAAAGCUACAUACUCGUACUGGAUCUGUACCUGAAGGAAGAACAGUCCAGUGCCAGUCUGAUGGAGGUGAUUUCAAGUACCGUGACUGGUGACGAACUUGCCAAUACACUUGGGUCGAUCGUUCCAGUACAAUCGGCGUCUGUUCCUUGGAUCGUUCCAUCGGGCAUGGAGGGUGCCACGGUAACUCCAACAGCGUCGGAUCUCAUCAUGAUUGUACCUACUACUACACCCACCCUCGCCCCGACCAAAUCUCUGGCUCCUGGAACUACAGCAAAUCCAACUGUUCCAGUUAUCAUCACAGCUGUACCAACGCAAUCUCCGGAUGAUUCAGAUGUGGCCCCCAUUUCAACCAUGGCACCCACUCUGGCCCCGACAAUUACCAGACCUCUGGCUACUCCAGGAACUACACCAGCCCCUACUACGAGCAAGCCAACUACAUCAUUUCCCAAUCUGUUCCAGCCAACAACGGACCCAGGACUAAGCAGCCCAACGAAUGCUCCCAUUCAAGCUCCCACACAAGGUCCUGAUUCAAAUCCAGCUCUUUCCCCCAGUCCUACAAGAAGGCUAACUCCAGCUCCUACUGUAAGGAAUCCAGGAGGUCCAACGGUGGUCCCACGGAAUCCAACCAAAGCCCCGACCAUAAACCCCACAAAUAAUCCAACCAAGGCACCUACCAAGGGCCCAUCCAAGGCGCCAACCAAGACACCAACCAAGACACCUACAGAUGCACCUAGUUCCAGUCCAAGCAUCUCGACACCAGUCCCAACAGUGGCGCCCACUUUGGCACCUGUUCCAGCUCCCACCGAGGUCCCUAGUGUCGCUCCAAGCAAAGCUCCUACACCGCCCCCGACUCUCCCACCUACGCCUCCUCCUUCUCCAUUACCGUCCAUGGCACCAUCUACAGCACCAUCCUUGGCGCCUCAAAACUGCUGCUCGACUGGUUCUCAAGUUUGUGACGUGACGAAUCCACUUUGCCAACUUGCAUUGACCUGCAUAACAACUUGCUUUGCCAAUUGGAUCUAA